AUGGCAGACAAAGAGCCAAAGAAGGCGAAAAAGGCGGCGCCAGCGGCCGCACCGGUAGCCGCGGAACCGGUCAAGAAAGUGAAGAAGUCUUCGCGCAGAGGAAAGUUCAAUACGGCGACGCCCGGGAGGUAUGCCUCACACACGAGACACCCGCCACCGACUCACGUGUUUGUCACGGGUUUCGGUGAUCGUUGUCUUGCAAUGUCUUCACCACUCGCACGGCUGUACGUGAAGGCCAUCUUCACCGGCUAUAAGCGAUCGCUUCGUAACCAACGCGAGAACACAGCGCUUCUUCGGCUGGAAGGCGUGAACAGGAGAUCCGAAACGGACUUCUAU